AUGGUUAAUACGAGUACAUGUUCCAGUGCCGGCCGGCUGAGGUGGUGUGGGCAGUGCCUCGGUGUGGAUGUAGAGCUCCCAUGUGACCUCUCGGCCCCCAACGGUGACAAGGUCAACAUGUGCCGGCCGGCUGAGGUGGUGUGGGCAGUGUCUGGUGUGGACGUAGAGCUUCCAUGUGACCUCUCGGCCCCCAAAGGUGUGCCGGCUGAGGUGGUGUGGGCAGUGCCUGGUGUGGAUGUAGAGCUCCCAUGUGACCUCUCGGCCCCCAAAGGUGACAAGGUUAACAUGGUGCUAUGGUUCAGGGAUGCCACAGGAAUACCUCUUUACAGUCUGGAUGCGAGAGGUCGGGCGCUAAGCGAUGCUAUCCACUGGGCAAACACGGAUGAGCAAGGAAAGCGCUGUCACUUCGUCAUAAAAUCCUCAGACCCUCGCCAUCGGUCAGCCCUGAAAAUCACCAAGGUGGUACACAGUGACGAGGGCGUCUUCCGCUGCAGGGUGGACUUCUUCAACUCACCCACCCGGAACUUCAGAGUCAACCUUACCAUGAUUGAGCCACCAACGACGCCGCAGAUAAUGGACAUCGAAGGGAACGAGGUAAUGGCGGUGGCCGGACCCUACUUAGAGGGCUACGACAUGCACUUGUCCUGUCACGUCAGUGGAGGUAGGCCAAGGCCGGUAGUGAGUUGGUGGCACGAAGGCCAGCUGGUGGACGAUGUCAGCGAGAGUUUAUCCAACAGUUAUAUCAUCAACAGACUGUUUGUCUCCACUGUCGUACGCUCCCUAAAGGGCACCUACUUCGAGUGUAGGGCACACUCCAUCCCUUCCGCUCCUCCUGUCAGUAGGAAAGUGGCUGUCGAUGUAUACUUGAAACCAAUAAAAGUGAAGAUAGUAUCUCCUCCAGAGAUGCUCUCCGCAGGAAAGUCCAAGCAGGUUAUGUGCGAGUCCACAGGAUCAUUUCCUCCCGCCAGGAUAUCCUGGUGGCUUGACGGAGAGACUAUAAGAAACGCUGCAAUUACAACUGGCAGCAGUGAAAACAGCACAACAAGCACGCUGACUCUGCGGCCAGAUGCUGGGGAUGACGGCAAGGAGCUUGUAUGUCGAGCUGAGAACCCUAAGUUCCACGGAACUAUCAUAGAAGACCGCCGUUACAUAAGGGUUGCAUAUCCACCAGUGGUGUCCAUAUCUCUCGGCUCUAGUGUAGGAGCGUCCAUGUUGAGAGAGGGAGACUCGGUCACGCUAAAUUGUGACGCAAGAGCCUUCCCUGAGGCGGAGCGGAUCACUUGGUACCAUGGUACGGUGAAACUGCCACGAGAGGAGGGAGGCCGAGUUUUGGAGCUGAGGAAACUGUCCAGAGCCUCUUCAGGAGAUUAUGUCUGUGUAGCGGCCAAUAGUGAGGGAGCCACCCGGAGUCCUCCCAUAUAUCUGGCCGUUCAGUAUGCGCCUGUUUGCCGACCUGGCAGUGAGAACGUGGUGGUGGGGGCGCUACGCCAUGAGACGGUGCUGGCACGUUGCGAGGUUCUGGCAGAUCCCGGGGGCGACACUCUUCGAUUUUCCUGGACCUACAGCAAGGCAAAGGACGUGCUGCCGGUCCCCGCGACACGCAUCAGCAGCCAUGGUCACGUCAGCUUACUCAACUAUACCCCCGUCGUGGAGUCCGACUUCGGCACCCUGGCCUGCUGGGCCUCCAACCCGGUCGGCCGCCAGCUCAAGCCUUGUCUCGUACACAUCAUGCAUGCUAAGAGCCCGGAUCCUCCAAGAGACUGCGGGGUGCACAACAGCUCGGCAGGGAGACUGGAGGUUGUCUGCACCGCGGGCAGCGACGGCGGACUGCCCCAACAUUUUGUGUUGGAGGUGCGUGAGACAGACCGACCAUCAGACCAGGCGCAGCCCGGGGCCAGAAUAGCGCCUCUGUACAGAGACCUGGGCAGCGUGCCCCGCUUCCUGCUGCACUCCUUGGAGCCGGGGGCGGAGUAUCAACUGCUGAUAUACGCAAAGAACGCGAUGGGCGUCAGCGAGCCUCCAGUGCUGAUACAGGGAGUCCGAGUCUCCAUUAGCAUGGAGCGGCUCACAGGGAAAGGAGCGAACGGUGAGCUGGCAACAAUCGCAGCCGACUACAUGCCGGACCUGCUGGUGACCGGGCUGCUGGUGGGAGCGGCGGUCAUCCUCGUGUGUGUGCUGCUGGUGGCUAUAGUGACGGUGCUGUCGUGCCGCAGCAAGCCGGACAGCGGACAACAGUUCCGGCUCAACAAUAUGAGCUACCCUGGCCCGGGGGAACACUUGCGCAGAGAGAAGCGGAGGAGUCGAGUCAGUGUGCAGGACGAGGGCGGAGGGGACUAAGGAGUGAACAGUAGUAAGGGUAGGAAUCCUGCUGGACUUAAUAACGGACUUAGUGUACUUUGUGUUGAAGGGCAAGCAACGGACUUGGAAUGUUGCACAAAGUGUAGUAUUGUUCUUGGCAAUUUCUCUUACAUAAAUGAUCAUUUCAUGAUUGAUUACAGGGAUGUGCCUUAGACAUAACAUAAGGGUAAAUUAGAGUAUAUAGAAAUGUUAAGUGAAAUACAAUUAUUUAGCAAAUUUGGAUACAUGUUUUUCUGGAUAAUCUCUAUACGGGUAUUUAGCAGCACUCAUAAAAUUCUUUUAAAGUUUGGAUGGGUUUAAUGAGAAUGAUAAGUGAACAUCUUUUAUUUUAUUUAUAUGGGUUUAUUUUUUAGAAUACAGAUUUAGAAGCUAUUGCGUUUUUAAUUGGAGUUUCAUACUGACGUUUAGAAAAAGAAUUGAUUACGAUGUUUCAAAUUUUAUUUAAUGAGUAAGUGUUGUGUAUGUUUUACCUCCUAUAUAGGUUUUUUACGCAGCUGAUGUAUGAAUAUGGCAAAAGAAGAGUACAUGACGCUUUCUAGACUUCAUUGUGCAUGGAGUCUCAAUCCUGUUACUAAGGCAUCUAUAUGGACCUUAGUCGACUGUUAGUGGCGUAAGUACAUAAAGGACAGAAGUGGAGAAUACAAUACUCGUAAAUUGGUAUUUCGUAUGACAUGUAACACAAUCGGAAUAUAGUAAGGAAUUAAGACACAUUUUAAUAUUUAACAUACGUAUAUUACAUUAGGGAUAACUAUAUAUUUAAAACAAAGCGUAUGUUAUAGAAAUAUUACAAUCUGAGGAAAAAAUUAUUUACUGUCCCCCUAUACAAUAGGGUUAAAUAAAAUACCUCCAAAUAUACAUUUAUACUGGUUAUUUACUACGGAUUUUAAAUUAUUAAUUAGAAUUAAUUAAAUGGUUUUAAUAUAAACAUAAUAUUUUAGUAGUACACAAUUUUUAUUUCUGAUUUCAGUCUUACGUUUCUUGAACAGGUAUUCUGUUGGCUUGCGUGAAAUUUGAAACAUCAAUGAUCACCGUCUUCGAACCGUUAAAAUAUUUGUAAUGACUUUAGUAAUAGUAUGAUGAAUAGUCGUACAUAAUUAUAACGCUGUUUCUAAAAUUACGAGGAAAAUGUACUGUUAACUACAAAUGUACAUGAAUAUUCAAACUAAAUAUUUUAAACUCAGUAAAGCUACUAGAAUUUUGUUUAGUUCAAAUAGUUUUACUGAAAUUUGACAUUAAAUUAUGAGGAACUAAAAGUAUUUCAAGGUUUUAUUUAAUAAUAUUUACAGUAAUUUUAAUUUAAACAUAUUUACCUGUGGAUAAUAUGAAAAUAUAAAUACUAGAAACAAUUUUAAGAUAUAGAAAAUUAUGUUUCAUGUAAUGAUCAAGUGAAGAUCAUUGUAUUACUGCUGGAAUUUUAUUGUAUUGGUUUAAAUCGUAAAUCUUCGUUACUACAUGUAUUGUACAUAAUUCUUGAUAUUUUAACCCUACUAUUAAAAAUAAAACGAGUAUGGUCGUAAUAAAGUGUUAAGUGGGUAUUACUUAAUAAAUAUGAGAAGACCAAUUAAUGUUUGUAAAUAAUUCUAUGUAAAGAUAUAUGUGUAUAUUAGUUAAAUGUCUUGUGUCUUCUUAAAGGUUACUGUUUAACGCAAUUAUGUAAUAUACAGGUAUUACUCUGGUGUAACACAUAUUUUAUUAUAGCUUAAUAUAGAUUCAAUAGCUUAUAUUUAUUUGUUGAACAUUGUUCAUACUUUUUUUACUAAGAGUUGGGUUUAAACUAUGGAAAUAUUAAGUAAUGUAAGAAUAAUACAAGCAUUGCAUAAAUUUCCAUUGUUAGUAUUUUGAUUUUAUUGGCUUAAUCUUUUUAUCUCGAUAUUUUAUUUUAAUACGUAUUACGUAAUGAUUUUUUUGUACCUCCAACAUACGCAGUGGAAAUAACUUGAAUAACAAAUUUGAAAACAAGAAAAAAAAUGUAAAUGAACCAAACUAUUCUUCUUUCAUAUACAAUUUUAUUCUGGUUCCUGAAAUAUAAUAAUAUUAUAAUUGUUGACACGUGUAAUGUAUGCAUUGUAUAAUAUUAUUUUUCUACUACCUCGUGAUUAUGUAAGUGUUUGAUUAUAUUAAGGAAAAUAAAGAGUACAAUUUAUAUUUUAUAA